GUGCUGAAUUGUAAUUAAUUUCAUGCCUAAUUCCUGUCGUAUUUCUCACGAAUGACUCCCAAAAAGUCUUUCAUAAUCAGAUUAUAAUUUGGAAAAAGAAAGCCUUAUAAGAAGGAAAAACCCACUCUGGAUUAACCAGCAAGGAAGGAAGAGAGCAAAAGCAGCAGACUUUGACGACGAAUCAGUUUACGAGUCUGUUACCGAAACUCAAAAAUCGUUCGAUAGCUUCCCGUCGGAGUUCCGAUUUCGAAGAACAAUGGCGAAGCUGAGAGUGGCGGGGACAUGGUCGGGGGUUCUGGAUGAGGUCGACUUGGAGAAUUGGACGGUGCCCAUGUUGAGGGAAGAAGUCGCCAAGCGAUCGAACGUUCCCGCUGGCUCGAUCAAGUUGAUAUCCGCCGGCAGGAUGCUGAAAGACGGCGACGGCACGGAGAAGCUGUCGGAGUUGGGCAUCAAGGCCAAUUCGAAGAUUCUGGCCAGUCGGGUCGCCGUCGACGAAGGGAAAUCGUUGAAGGAUGCGGAGGAGCUCAAUCAGAGGCUUGCUCGCGUAAAGGAAGCUGUAGUUGCAUUGUCUACAAGACACACAGAUGGUGCAUUGCCACUCGAGGACUUCAAUAUGGAAAUCGAAGACCAACUUGGGAAUAAGCUGCACUUACCUGAGUCUGAUAGACAGGCACUGAUGAUGGGUUUGAUGCUCCACACAAAUGGAAAGGGUCUAAUCAGAAAGGGCAAGUUCAGAGAUGCUUUGGAAGUACUGAAUAUGGCAGAGGAAUCAUUCUCUCUUUGCAAUCCUAAGACUAUCGAACUUGUUGAUAAUAUUGCAAUGCUGCAAAUGGACAUGGUGUGGUGCUAUUUCAUGCUGAAAGACAUUGCAUGCCUCUCUGUUGCUGGAGUACGGCUUGAUAAGGCAAGAGAUGGAUUCGAACGUGCUCAUGGCAAGGAUGCUUCCCGUCUCAAACUCCUUCAAGCAGGAAACUCCUCGGAGCUUGCAGUAUAUAUGAGAUUGGAACUACUCGAAGCAGUUGUGGCAUAUCACAGUGGCCAGCUUGAGAAAUCUAGGAGGUACUUGAUGUCUGCACAGACCAAAUACAAACGGCUACAAGUAUCAGAUGAAGUCUUGUCAGUUGUUAUGGGGAUGGGUUUCAAAGAAAAUGAAGCAAAGAGAGCAUUGAGAAUCAACAAUCAAGAUGUCGAACGUGCUGUCGACUUUCUAGUUGAGGAAAGGGCACGGAAAGCACUGAAACGAGAAGAGAACCUUAAGCGACAAGCGGAAAUCUUGGAGCAAAAAAAGUAUGGUGUUACACCCUUGAAGAAAGCUGUGGAUAUCCAACUAUUGAAUGGAUUGGUCUCCAUAGGGUUUGCGAAGGAACUUGCUGCUGAAGCACUGCGAAGGAAUGAGAACGACACUCAGAAGGCAUUGGAUGAUUUGACAAAUCCAGAAAUUAAUGCUAGCAUCCAGAACUACAUAGAAACAAAGAACGCCAAAAGACAGAAGCAAGACACGGACUCUAAAAUCCAACUACUUGUAUCCAUGGGAUUUGACAUGUCAGCUGUAGUCGCAGCGAUCCAAGCUGGCGGCACUAUGGAGGCAAUAAUGCAUCGACUUCUCCAACAAGGACCACUUCCAAAUCCCGCUGCUGCUCAGGCUCAGGCUGCCGCUCAGGGUGCUGCUGCAAAUGCUGAACCACCAGCCGAUGCAAGUUUCUCUGAACCACGAGACGUGGAAAUGGAGGAUGAGAUAGCGGAUGAAUUAGCAAGGACGGACGCUUUAUCUGACUAUGAUAUUGAUGUAACUAGAGAAGGGGAAGCCAUUAAUGAGUACUUGGCAUUACUUGAUUCAACUGGUAGUAGCAGUGGAAGCGCUUCAACUUCUGGUUGAGGCCACCAGGAGAAGGAAAUAAGAAACUAGUCUCUGUAAAUUAUUAGUGUCAAUAAAUAAUGUGUCCUAUUUCUUCUUUUGACAAUAGUAACUUCAAGCUUGGAAGAUUUUCUAGUGAAGGAAAUUACAUAUUGUUUGCCACAUUCUAAUAUAAGAUCAUCUUCUUCCUUAUGCCAUCCUUUUGGACUCCUAUUUGAGUUUAACGGUGUAUAUACUAUAUAGUAUGUUCUUCCUGCUCUUCAAGUUGUAGCGGUUAACUGAAAUUCUCAACCUGGGAAUAGAGAAU